UUUAUCUUGCUUUUGAAUACUUUUCGAAGUAGUUUUUACACCUAAAACUCAAGUAGGCCUUAAUCUUUCACAUGAAAUUUACUUCAAAAUGGUAUCAGUCUAUUUUUGUCUUUAUGGUUUUCGGAUAUAUUCUUCGCUUUCUUCAAAAUUUGUUUACAUCUAUUAAGUAUAAGAUAAUGGGUGAUACCGCCGAGGAGACAGGAGAUUUGUUAUGUAAUGUAAUUGUACCACCAAUACCAAAACUUGGCGACGCGCAUACAUACUGGAUUUGGCGAUUACUUAUUAAGUCGUAUUUGACUGCCAUAGGACUUUGGUCAAGAGGACAUCCAAAGGAGUGCGCCCAUGCAAAGUUUGUAAUCCUCAGCUCCUUGGAAAUUUGGGUUCUAAGGAAGGAGUAUGACGACAUGUCGUGCAAAGCUAUCUUUGAAAAUCUUGAAGAACGAUUUUCCGUUAGUAAUACCAGACCCAACUCUCUUGUUAACAUAUGAAACCCAUGGAAUGUGUUCAAUUAACUUCAAGUUUUCUUUAUAAUUUUAAGUGUUUAUUGGAGAUCCACAUCGGCGGCACCCGUUUAUCUUAAUACUCAAAAUUAAAAAUUUUAUGUACAAAA